AUGAAUCCAGUUGUCAAAAACGGGAAUCGAUUGAGAUGGAAAUUUGAGGAUAUUUCGAGACUUAAUUCGAUUGGAAUUUCGAGCAAAACAUUCAAUAUUGGAGAAGAGUAUUGGUGAGCAAACUAGAUAUUUUUGAGGGGGCAAAAUUUGAUGGAAAUUCAGAUUUUUCAGUUCCAAAAUAUUAUUGAAAAAUCGAUAAAUUGGGUCAACAAAAAUUGACAGAAGAAAUUUUCAGCUAAAAAUUCUUCCGGAAAUCUCUAGAAAAUCAUAUUUUUCAAUUCAGGAACAUCAAAGUGCGUGUAAACGACGAACAAAAACAAAACAGUCUUGCAAUCAGCCUCUCAUAUUCCUCAAAAACCGAAAAAGACAAAAGAUGGUUAUGCGAAGUGUCCGCCAAAAUCAAAUUAAUGUUGCGAAGUGGAAAUGUGACUAGAGAAUUGAGAUAUUGUAUGCACGAGAAGGCGAAAAUUCUGGAAUUUCCGAGUUUUGAACAAUGGGAUGAGGUUAUAUUUAACAUGUUUCCUGAGAAUGAUUCGAUUGUUAUUGAUGUCGAUUUGAAUUAUAAAAUGUAUGAUUUUUCGAAGAAAAUUGAGAAUUUUACGGAUUUGACGAUUCUUGUUGAGGGAGUUGAAUUUUAUAUUAAUAAGGGGGUGAGUUUUUUGUCCUGAAUUUCAUAGCUACAGUAUUCUUCAAAGCCUGCACAUCUAGCAUGAAAAUUUGAUUAUUUUAGCGCCAAAAUUUUGAUCUACAAAGGCUGAUUCACGAAAAGUCAAAAAAUGUCAAAAAAACAUUAGUUUUUUCGAGUUUUUCAGCCAAAAAUGAUGACAAAUCAAUAUUUUUCAAGCUUCUUGGAGUAAUUUCUGAUUAAAAUAAGCUUUGAGAACCCUAUUUUGCUUUUUUUCAGAAAUUCAUUAAAAUUUAAAAAAUUUUUUUAUUUUCCAAAAAAUCAGCAAAACCUUCUGGAAAGUGAAUUCCAAGGUCGAAUUUUGAUCAGAAAUUACUCAGAAGCUAAAAUAUCGAUUUGUUUCAUCAUUUUUGGCUGAAAAACCUUGAAAAACUAAUUUUUGACCUACAAUGUUUUUUCGAAAAUUGAUCUUUCAAUGUUAAAAAAACUUAUUUUUUUUGUUCGUGAAUCAGCCCUACUACAGUAAUCUUCAAAACCUGCGUAUCCAAAGGGAAAUUAAAUGAAAAAUUCUGAAAAAUUCUCAAUUUUUUGCAGUUUCUCUCCUCAAAAUCCACCUAUUUCUACAAUAAAAUCGUGACCAAAAACGAGCAAAUCGAUAUCGCAUAA